CCCGAUCGAUCAUCUCACACGUAUACAGACCUCGCUGUGGGGGAAGGUGGCCACAAGUCUUAUAAUAUGUAACGCAAUGGAAAUGCUUCUAUUCCCGGUCUCCUCUAGGAAUGUGACAAGUGCAUCACUGUUCAUAGAAGUACUUGUCGAGAAUAGUGUCAUCUACUAGGGCCAUGGUUUGAGGUAUAGGGCUGAUAAUCUCCUAACAUACUUCGAAACCAGGUGGAGUGCACCUAAAAGUCGUGCAGCCUCUUGUGCAAUAGGAAGAGCACACCCUUCUGCCCACACUACAAAUUGAAGCUAUGCAGGUGUGGAAAAUUUCGAUCGAAAGGCGAGAUUGCGAAAUACCCGGAAGACUAAAGAGACGGGUCUAUCAGAUCAGAUGAUCAGAACCAGCUAAAUCUAAUUUUCUAGCCUCUGAUUUUCGAUCGAAGUCGCGUGUUUAUUGCACCUCGAGUUGAAUGUUACAUGGUCUUGAAUAAGUUUACGAGUAUUCGAACUACGAUGUCGGCUGAUCCCACGUCUCGAUAACAACAGCUGAAAACAGGAGAACACUGUAGAUCUGAGUGAUGGUUGACUACGAUAAACUUCCUGCAUUUCAGGCUACUCUUAUCGUCUCGAAGCCCACAGUUCUGGUCGGAUCUCACAGAUUGACCGGACCUCGCUAGAUUAUCUUUAACGCUACUACAAAAGGUGAGACUGUGAAGAGUGCGCGGUCUAACACAUUACGUACUCUCAUUUUAGUGGCGUCUCGUGGCUAGAGUGUGGUCUGAUCGAUUGUCACAAUCCUUGCAACUCAAGGAAUUGAUAGUAAACGUCUGACAAGUUGUAAUUAAUACUGGCAGACGGAGUGAGAUUAUUGCGCUCCAGCAGAGGCAGAUUUUGUGGAAAAGUUGAAUGGCAUUCAACCUCAACAAUGGACUGAGACUAAAAAAAUAUCGAUUGCUGGAAUAUCUCACCAUAAUGGCAACCUCGAUUGACCAUUAUGGUCUUGGACCAACUAAGCCGAGAUUCAUUGCCGUGUGAAGAAGUCCACCCGUGGGCCAAUUCAUUGUAGUUCUCGUGAAAAAAUCAAGCCUGUGUGCUUUCCUCGAUUGACUUUCUCUGUGAAAGCCAACACCUGCUGUUUACAUAAUUCCCCCAUUUGCAUCUCUCGCGCUCCAGCUUUGGUCCGUGCGCCCGGGUGUCGUGACUUAUGCUCCAUGGUCUGCACUGUGCGGUCCGAAUGACAUGCUCUUGAAUUCCCCUCUGAAGAUACCCGGCAACCUUGCGGGAAUGAUCACAGCUUCGCGGUUCGGCCCAGGGCGUUUACUUUUGGUCUUUGGGUAUCGAGGAGGAGCAAUGAGAGCAGCUCGAUUAGAUUGUGAUCACUCAUCCCUCGACUGCUUUCCACGAGUUUUACUGACGAGGAAUUCAUUCAUGGUGGCUGCCGAGCUCCUCGAGAGAAAUCUGCUCCGAAUUUUAAACGAGAGCAUGACGAAGUAGACCUGGGGCGGAACGUGUGAUUCUAAACUGUAAUAUGUCGCGCCCCAGAUCAGAUGUAAACGUCUUGCUGGUCGAGAUGACGAUUGUGAUCAUGACGUGCAAGCUGAUUUCCAUACCUGUCAGGGCCAAUUUCACGGUUGGAACGUCGGCUGGAGGGCAGCCGUUCCAAUGCGGGCAGUCAGGAAAUGUGUGGUGCGGAGGCCAAGUGGAAGCAGAUACGCAACGCGCAGAGCUGAGGCUGAAACCUUCGUUCACGAAUGCCACGGACCAUUACGAUGCCGGCAUAGCUGUGUGGGCCGAGCCCAUCACGCUGUUCAAUACAUCGUCCAGGAAGUGGAACUCGUUCAGCAGUCGGUUUCAAUUCCGGUGGCAAAUGAGUUCCUCGAUCGGGGCCGGGUACGGAAUAUCAUUCGUGAUGCGCAAUAUUCUGAUGUAUCGGGAUCUAGGGACGCAGACAGUCGUCCCUUCCGUGGCAGUCGAAUAUAAUAUACGCGAAAACCUCGGCAACGAAGAGUUCGACAACAUUCGGGUGCGAGUGGAGCUGGAAACCGGAAGGGCAAGCCUCCCGAUGGCACCUCUGGAUCCAGUCAUGAACAUCAGCAAGAGCAGUGCGAUCGUAUUCACGUGGAUCGAUUACAAUUCCUCGUCGCAAGACCUGCAAGUGAGACUGAGCUCCAAUGAUGCGAAGCCUGCGGACGCUCUGCUGCGGUACCGCGCGAAUCUGACCUUCGUUCUGGGCCAGGAUGAGCCCGAUGUCUAUGUCGGAUUGUCGGCCGCAAAUGGGAAGUGCAAUUGCUCUGACACUGUCACGGUGUCCGGAUGGUCGUUCGAAAGCUUUCCUCUGCCUCCUCUAGAGCCUUCCCCAAAACCGCAGCAGCAGCCGGCCGAAGUGGCGCCUUUGUGGUCGCCGGGGUGGCGAACCGAAGAGGAGUUCCGCAGAGGCUCGAGGAAUCAACCGGUGGCCUUCAUCUCGGGAGUGUCGGCGGCGGCAGUGUUCCUGCUGGUGCUGUGCGCCGUGGUGAUCGUGCUGCUAGGGCGGAGCAAGUACCAGCAGGCGAGCAGGUCGAUCUCGAUGCAGACGGGGUCGACGCGGACGGACCUGGACGCCAUCGCCAGGUGCCUCGAGAACAGCUACUCGUUCGUGGAGCUGCGGCGAGCGACGGCGGAGUUCGACGAGGCGCACAAGCUGGGGCAGGGCGGAUUCGGAAGCGUGUACCGGGCGGUGAUCCCGGCGACGGGCGAGGUGGUGGCGGUGAAAAAGGUGAGCCCGGAGUCGAGGCAGGGCGCGAGAGAAUUCAUGGCCGAGGUGUCGAUUAUCACGCAGCUGCGCCACCGGAACAUCGUCAAGCUGCUGGGCUGGUGCAGCGCCAACGAGCAGUUCUUGCUGGUGUACGAGUACAUGCCGAAUGGGAGCUUGGACAAGGCGCUGUUCUGCCCGGCGGACGAGGCCUCGGUGCUGUCGUGGGAGGUGCGCUUCCGCAUCGUCAUGAAUGUGGCCACGGCGCUGAACCAUCUGCACGAGGGCUGGCGCCAGAAGGUGCUGCACCGCGACAUCAAAUCCAGCAACAUCAUGCUCGACGAGGACUUCAAUGCGCUGCUGGGCGACUUCGGGCUGGCGCGCCUGGUGGACCGGCGCGAGAGCCUGGCCUCCACCAACGUGGUCGGCACCUUCGGCUACCUGGCGCCCGAGGUCGUGGUCUACGGCAAGUUCUCCGACAAGGCUGACGUGUACGCCUUCGGCGCCGUGGCGCUCGAGAUCGCCUGCGGCCAGGCCAGCGUGGACCAGAGCCGCCCCGAGGGCGAGAAGACGCUGGCCGACCUCGUCUGGAGCAGCCUGCGCAACGGCGACCUGCUGCGCGUGGUCGACCGCCGCCUCGCCGGCAAGUUCGACCCGGCCGCCAUCAAGCUCCUGCUCCUGGUCGGCCUGCUCUGCUCGCACCCCAACCCCGACGAGCGCCCGCCCAUGCGCCAGGUCAUCAUGAUCCUCGAGGGCAUCGUCCCCAUGCCCCCCAUCCCCCUCUCCAAGCCCGUCCUCCAGUUCCACAACCGCAGCGGCCGCCUCUACCAGGACGCGCCCUCCACCCCCACCACCGCCUCCGCCUCCCCGUUCACCUCCGACACCCCGUCGGUUUGA